CCACUCUUUAUUUUAUUUAGCUUAAAAAUAGGAGCAUUGCAUAUUGAACAAUAGGGUGAAUAUAUAUCUAUUGCUUACCUUGGGUUCUGACUCACGUUUGAAUUUCCGCUGUAAUGACUACGUUUGCAACGCGUUUGUGUGGUUAUUCUGUAGUUGGUGAUACUUACAAGACCGCACUAGAUGUUUACAACUGGGUCAAGAAAAAAGAGUCUGUUGGCCCAAUUAUACAAACAGCUGAAGAUAAAGCUAUAUCUGUGAUCAAACCAAUUGUUGAAAGCGGAAUUGUCCAAAAGAUCGAUGAUAUGGCUUGUCAACAUGUUCUGGAUCGUGCUGAAGCAGCGUGCGCACAGAUUAAGAACACUUCAAAUGAAUGUAUAAUUCUACCCACUGCAAGCCGUGCCCUGAAUAUUGCCGAGGCUUGUGCUAAUCUGUAUCUUCCGAAAGAUGAUGAUCCAAAGUUCUCUAUAGGAGGUGAUGCUACACCAACAGAACGACUCGUGCGUCUACAACAUAGAGCAUCAAUUCAUGCUGUUACAUUAAUUCAUUCAACAGUUGAUCGUGCUAAUUCACUUCUGUCUACGCUUGCGACUUACGGGAGUAACCUAAAUCAAACAGUUUCAAAGGCUACCAUUAGAAAUACUCUUUCACAAGCUAUUGCUUUGUAUGAAUUAGCUUACUCUACUGCUAAGGCUGUAAGCCUUCCUAUAGUUGCACGUUGUAUUACUGUUAUUCUCGAGAAUGUUCGAAAACUUGAGGAUCAAAUUAAAGAGUCAAAAGGAAUAAACUGGAUGGAUUUGAAAAGACUAGUGACGCUCCUUGAACACAUGAAAGAACGUUUAGAUGUACAAGAACCAGUUACAGAAAUCGAACUCGAACCGAUCACUGAUAAGCCAACAUUUUCUCUCGGCUCAUCGAAGAUUAACUAACCUAGAAGCAUAUAAUGCAUUACAAAAUACAGCUGAGUAUAUCGCCAAAAUGAUAAUGCUAAACGUUUUUACAGAAUAAGAUUAAAUUCUGCAGUUAUAGAGGCCUUUUAAUGUUGAAUGAAUAGUGUUAGUUAUUGAUCUACUGACAUAAUUUAGGUGGAUGGAUCUCAGUGACAAUAGUUUGUUGCCACUUACAUCAUGCUGGGCUAAGAAAUUACUCAUAAAGUGCUAAUUUUACCAUUUUCCUCUUUUGUUUAUAGUAAUUAAGAUUCAGACUAGAAUUUAUCAAAUAUAGCGACAGUUGUUAGUGAAUGUAUCAUUAAAAAUAUGGUAACUAAUUACUUCUAUGCAGUCCUCAAAAGAGAAAGUACUAAUCUUUUUGAAAUAUAGAUAAACUUACAUGUUUAUCUAGAUGACAGUCAUUUCUUUACCUAACUUACCUAUUAUCUUGUCUGUAAGCUAAUGUCUUUGUCAUGUUUUCGAGUCGACACAAGAAAGCUGCUUGAAAGCCUAUCAACGAAAUUAUGUAAAUUAUGUUCAGAAUACUAUGGACGGGUAACUGAGGUAUUUUAUGGUAAGUAUUGGUUAAUUGUUCUGUUUAACAAGACUUCAGUAAACAAAGAUGUUUAAGAUACUAGAGUGAGAUUAUGCAUGCAAU